AUGUGGGGCUCAAAGAACUGGACCUGGUCCCUGACAGAAGAAUUGCUUGAACGACUGAGAUAUAAUGGUUCUGGAACUCAGGUGGAGCUGCUGCGGGCCAGUGGUGUCAAGUUCAUGAAGAGAUGCCCCCUGGCCAAGAUGCUAAUUAUCCUCAUGGAACUUAUAGUUUCUCCCAUGAGCAUGUUCCAUUUUGGAGUGUUGGUGCAGAAUGGUUCCUUUGGAAUUGUAACUGACUGGUCCCCUAAGGGGUAUGCAGUUCAGAAUUGCACCAAUGCAAAUUGCUCAAAUCAUAAAAAAUUAAGAUGGAGAGUGCAUAGCCACAACCAUUCCACACUUAAUAAUUCUCUAUAUGCUCAGGCUAAAUAUCCUAUUAUUUGGCAUGGUGUUGACUGGUCUCCACCUAGACAUACUUUAAAUCAUUCUUAUGUUCAAGAUACACUUUGGAGGCUUCCUAUUAGUUUACAUAAUAUUUCCUGAUGGAAUGGAAAUUAUACAGAGAAGACUAAUUAUGCUUUAAAUUUCACAAAAAUAGAUACUUUUGGAAUACAAACCUGUGUCAGAGACCCCUAUGUGUUCUGGGUAGGAAACUUGACUAUUAACACUACUACUAAAGAAAUUACUUGUCUAGCCAGUUGGAGUUGCUCAUUAUAUACUUGUUUAAAUAACACCAUAAAUUCUAGCAACAUCACUGUUGUAGUUCUUGGACAACAAAAGGGUCUAUGGCUCCCUGUUUCACAGCAUAGACCUUGGGAUUCAUCACCUGAUAUGCAUAUGUUACUGCAAAUUUUAGAAAAGAUAUAUAAAAGAACAAAAAGAUUUCUUGGAUUAUUAAUAGCUUUUAUUAUAGAUAUAAUAGCCUUCACCACAACUGGUGCUGUUGCAGGAACAGCCUUACAUCAAUCCAUUGAGACCACCGGAUUUGUCCAAAAAUGGCACAAGAAUGCAAGCAAGGCUUGGGGCGAGCAAUUACAAAUUGACAAGGAAGUUAAUGCUCACCUUGUAGACCUAGAAAAUGCUGUUCUCCUAGGAGAAGAGGUUGAGAAUGUAUGGUAUCAAUUUAAGUUAAAAUGUGACUGGAAUAUGUCCAUGUUUUGUGUGACCCCCCCAUGAAUAUAAUCACACACUUUUUAAUUGGAGUGAAGUUAAAAAACAUUUACUUGGACACUAUAAUAAUCUUACAUUGGAUUUUCUAAAACUACAGGAAACAGUAAAUGAUAUACAAAGUGCUAACUUAGAUUCUCUUACUGAAACUGAAACUAUGCAAGGCAUCACUAAAGGCCUUGAAUGAUUAAAUCCCCUUAUAUGGGUUAAAUCUCUUGGUGGUUGGUUUUUAGGUAGUAUUCUCCUGAUCUUAAUAAUUUUGCUUUGUCUUUGUUUAGUCCUCAGAUGCAUGAGAAAAACCCUCUCAGACCUAAAGCAGAAAGAAGCUGCUUGGUCCAUCCUAUCUGCAUUGAAGAAACAAAAAUGGGGACAUGUGGGGAACCAAGUCUUUCAUGUUACCUACACCAUGUCCAGGGUGGUGGCCUGGAAUGCUGGGCUGCAGGCCUGCAUGGAAUGCUAUGCAGGCACACCUUGUAAAGAUAUGUCUCUUGUGACUAUGAUGACAAUGUUUACCAUUGUCCUAAACCUAGAUUGUUCCUUCUGAUAUGCAACAGGAUGUAAAGAUAGAUAUCUGGUGUGCUCUGCAAGCCUUAGGACACUUAGCAUAUACUCUCUUAUCUUCUGAAACAAAUAAAUAGCUGGAGCACAGGUACAUUAGCAUCCACUUAACAUGAGAUGCAGUGGGUCCCCUGCUCCCUUAAUUCUUAACUUUGUGUCUGUGUCUCAUUCCUGCACCGCCCUGUCAGCAACAAGUUACCUAAGACCCUGUUCAUAGUUUUUCCAUUCUUUUCCCUAUCUUUUCCUUUAUGUGUAGGUUUUUAGAUGUUUUGUGUUCUAGUUCACUUAUCCUUUCUUCUGUCACUUCAAAGCUGGUGUUGUAAGUGUCCAUUGUGUUUUUCAUAUCUUCUAUUGAGCCUUUCAUUCCCAUAAGUUCUGCCAUUUGCUUUUUCAUACCUUCAAGUUCCUCCUUAUGUUCAACCAAUGUCUUCUUUAUA